UGUCCAUUCUACCGACUGUUGUUGCGUCAAGGAGUGAUUUGAUGUCAGAUAAGCGUCAUCGCAUCAGAGUCCAGGGCUCCUGGGCCAAACCACUGCCAAAAAAUUCAGGAGCAACAGGUGCGGUCUCAUGCAACCAUCAGUCCAAAAAUGCUGAGCCAGUCCCUGGUUCAUGGGGAUAUGGGCCGCAGAAAACAUCCAAGACAUUUGCGUUUGAUCAGCCCACCAAGCCAAUACGAAAUGUCCCACCAGAGAAGGUGAUAGAACAGGAAGGUGAUUAUGAGAUCAGCCAUGGACCCUCAGGGUUGUCCAGACUGCGGCUAUUGCCGGGAUUUCUUCAACCAGAAGAGGCUGACUGGAUGUUCUCUAAGCUACUAGCAGAGCUUCCCUGGUCCCAGAAGACCAACUUCAGACAGGGUGAGGCAUACGAGGAGCCCAGGCUGACCUGCUGGUAUGGAGAGUUACCCUAUACAUACGCUCACUCGACCAUGGCUGCUAACACACAGUGGCAUCCAUUGCUGUUAACCCUUCGUGAGGCAGUGGAGCAGGUGAGCGGACGCAGUUUCAACUCACUGCUGUGCAACUUGUAUCGGGAUGGCCAUGACAGUAUCAGCUGGCACAGUGACGAUGAGGCUUCCUUGGGUGCAAAGCCCACCAUCGCCUCCCUCAGUCUGGGCGACACCAGAGUAUUCGGCCUUCGUAAGCAGCCUCCUCCGGAAGAGAAUGGCGACUACACCUACGUGGAGCGGAUUCGGAUUCCCCUGAGUCAUGGGACACUUCUGCUGAUGGAAGGAGCCACACAGGACGAUUGGCAGCAUCAAGUGGCUAAAGAGUACCAUGACCGAGGCCCACGCAUCAACCUGACGUUCAGAACUAUCUACCCAGAGCCGGAGGGCCACAGGCCAGGGGCCAAGCUUCGCUUCACUACCACACAGCAGUAAACUCCCCUCAGAGUCAGGUACUUGGGGAACUGUCUGGCCAAUGGUUCCUGUAUUUCAAACGCUGAUCCACACAGGGAUAGGCCCGAUGUUUGGACUGUCAACGAGACUUAAUCUAAUGAAUUAACUAUCAUUCAGUUAAUGAUAGUUAGCUUCUUUUCAGAGAAGUUAAGCAGAAGAAUGGGCGAUAACGAAGGUGUUAAGGCUUGAGUGACAUAUCUCCUGAUAAUUCGUGUGACUUUAUUUACUCAGCACAGACGAUGUCUGAUUUGAGACAUUAGCCUGAUAGAGUUUUUGGUUAGUAUAUUGGGGAGGUGUGUAGCUCAGAAGGAAACGACGCAUCUUGAAAAAUACCCUUAUGAAAGACACUCCCCACUGUACAGCAAGUCACUGUUGGUGCAGUGAUCUAAAAUGUAAAUGAUUUCCUGUGUCUUGUUUGAUUUGGGGAGCUUUUUGGAGAGAACAUAGUUGCUAUAAAAAAAGGAGUAAGUACACUGGUCAUGUAGGCCAUUUACAGCUCCAUCAGGAUGAGGGUUAGUUUGAAAAAGAUUGGUCUGACCAGUCACCCUAAGAGGUUCAAGUUUUUCAACCCUCUGAUACACCUUGAACCAAAAUCCUUAAAGUCAGCCUAAGAUAGACUUGUAAUAGCAUGUUUUUGUUAACAAAUGACUGUGUGUGAAAUGUAUUUUUCUCAGAGAACCAGUACAGUACAAGCAACAGCUAAUCAGAAUACUGACACGCCCACUGUAAUGUGCAAGUUGCUUUUUGAAUUGAAUGAUUUAUGAAUCUUUAAACUUUUUUUUUUUUUUUUUUUGCUCAUUAGUUAAAUGGUUUUGGUUGAUCUGAAAUAACUGAACAAAUGUUUGGUAACUGUAGUCUGUUGUUGUUUAGCACUCAAAUUAGUGUGUUCAUUGAUGUCACUGUCAUCAGUGUAACUUUCUUUGGUAAAUGAAUAAAUGGA